GCGCGACCGGAUGGUGCCUUCCGCCUCGCCGGCGGCUGCGGCGCCGCGCGCCUGCGCGCGGCGGCGGGCGGCAGCGUCGACGUGCUCGUCGUGGACGCGGCGGCGGAGGGCCUCGGCGGGCUGCACGCGCCGCCCCCGCCGUUCCGGACGCGCGGCUUCUGGAGGGCCGCGGCGCGCGCCGCGGCGCCGGGGGCGGUGAUCGCGCUGAACCUGGUGGGCGGGCGCGAGGAGGUCGAGGCGCUGCAGGAACUGGUCUCCCAGGAGCUGCGCGGCUGGAGCCUGCUCUGCCUGCCGCCGCCGCCGGGGGGCCUGGCGGACGCGCUGCACCUGGAGCAGCGGCUGCUCUUCGCCGCGGCGGGGCCGCUGGCCGAUGCGGACCAGUUGGCGCGCGCUGGGCUGUCGGGCACCGCGUGCGCCCUGGUGGACGAGCCUGGGGCGUGGCUGGAGCACUGGCGGAGGCACUCCGAGCGGUGA